GCGAACGCGAGUUUCUCCAUCGGCGGGUAUCGCAGCUCGGCAUCAUGAAGUGCCUUGCUGACGUAGUAGACAGGAUGUUGAGAAGAUUCGUCCUUUCGGAUGAGGGCAGCGCUGAUUGCCACGUCGGAUACUCGCAAGUAAAGGAAGAGCAUUUCUCCAGACCUGGGUUUCUGCAUGGUUGGAGCCCGGCACAAGGUUUCUUUGAUAGCUUCCAACGCUUGCUGGCACUCCAGAGUCCACUCGAACUUAUGAUUCUUCUUAAUUGCGUCGAAGAACGGCUUACACCGUUCCUGGCACUCAGACAUGGUACUCGUUCUGUUGACGAGUACGAGAGAGAGUUUACCCGUCUCGGAGUCUUUGUACUCGACCUUGUGAGUACAGAGACGAAGAGAGCCCAUCGUUUUACUUACAGACUCCUCCCAGCAGUCCGCCACAACAUAGUAGAUCACGGUGUCCAGACCUAUGCCCGCACAGUUGCCAUUGCUCAAGAAGUCGAUGCCAGUAUCCGACGAGAAGCUAUCCAGUCACCAGCCCAGCUAGUUGCUCAACCACCAGUCCAGCCCAUCGUUGCCCAACCAUCAAAGAACCAGAAGAAGAGAAAGUUCAGAACCACUUUUGACGACCGGAGGACCCGUCCCAGACAAACACCAGCCAGCCCGACAUGUGGAAAGCGCCACCGUGGGAAAUACCUCGUGGGCCAGAACAUUUGUUUCUUUUGUCGCCAACCAGGCCAUAUCAGCCCCAACUACCCUGAACGACUGCAACAACAACCGCAACAAC